UGGGAAGAAAUUGCGCGACUGCGUCAGCCCACGCUGCAACAUCUAUGUAAGGAGGGAAAGUAACAAUUGGGUGAUCAGCUGACGCGGCGUCUUUGUUCUUUUGGAAUCCUGAAACAUUCGGGACAAUGGAAGAGGGAAUUCUCGCUACAUUGAAGAUUCUGAUCAUUGGGGAAAGUGGAGUGGGCAAGUCCAGCCUUCUACUAAGGUUCACAGAUGACACAUUUGACUCUGAAAUUGGUUCAACCAUUGGGGUUGACUUUAAAGUGAAAACCAUGAAGUUUAAUGACAACAGUAUUAAGCUUGCAAUCUGGGACACGGCUGGACAGGAGCGGUUCCGGACGUUAACACCAAGUUAUUACAGAGGUGCUCAAGGUGUUAUUUUAGUAUAUGAUGUCACGAGGAGAGAAACCUUUGGAAAGCUCGAUAAUUGGUUGAAUGAAUUGGAAACCUUCAGCACAAAGCAUGGAAUUGUAAAGAUGCUUGUUGGCAACAAGAUUGAUAAGCAAAACCGUGAGGUUGACCGGAAUGAAGGGCUGAGAUUUGCCAGAAAACAUUCAAUGCUUUUUAUCGAGGCCAGCGCUAAGACCUGUGAUGGAGUGAACUGUGCAUUUGAAGAAGUGGUAGAAAAAAUUCUACAAACACCAGGACUAUGGCAGGCUGAGGGACACAAUAAAAACGUGAAAUUAUCUGAAAGCACAUCCAGUCAGGGUGGAGCAUGUAGUAGUUUCUGCUCCCUGUUGUAAAUGAACUGGGACUGUCUCACUAUGUAAUACUGUUACUAUGUCAACAGUAGUGACUCUUGGUCUACAAAGGCGGGAAGCUGCUGUGAUCUUGGACCUCUGACCAUGAAAGCGAUAUGAGAUAAGACAGCGUAUUGCCUUAAUGAGGUCUUUUUUUUCUUUGCAUACUUCUCUUGACAGAUUGACAUGUAUUCUACUUUUUAAUUUGGUUUCUCUGUCUUUACGUAUGUUAUUUUAACUUAACAGAGAAAUUAUGGAAGUGGAAUUCCUAUUGAUCUGACACAUUGCUUUAAUUCAUUUAAAAAUGGAAGCCUGCGGGAUGGUGAAUUGGCUAAG